AAAUAGUGAUUUUACAUCAUAAUCAAAUGAGUUCUUAAGUUGAUUUCUCUUCCUGAAUAAGUCAAUCAUUAAUUUAAAUUUCAUGUCAGAAUAAUAGAAAUACAUUGGAAACAUCUUAUCUAGAACUAAGUCCUUAAUCACCACAAAUUACUAAAAACUUCCAUUAAAGUAAAGUUAAAACAUAAAAUAAAUAGAGCACCUAAAUUUGUGGAGAACAUCAUUGUUUAUGCAGAUAGUAUAAGUCAGCCCUACGUUGAAAAAGUGACAAACACUGUAGAUGAUAACAUAAAUAGAAGUGUUUAGAUAGUUCAAUCAUAUGAAAAGACUUUCAAUAUAGCAUAACAAGGAUAGAAACUUAAGUAAAAAGGGAAAGAACUUACUGAUUAACUAAGAGAGAAUUCAAAGAAGGCUCUAGAUUAAGGAGUUGAUUUGGCCAAGAACAAUGGCGCUACUUAAUUUGUGUUACAAACUUGUGACAAUGUAGCUAAUAAAGUCUUUACUUCUAUUGAAGGCAAUGUAGCCAGAUUGUAAAAGGCUAUAUUGAAAGAAGCAAAGGCCACUAAUUCAGAGUAAACAUAUAAUCAAAGGGCUGUUCAAUUAGCUCAUAAUCUUACAGAAUUAACUUAAGGACUCUUUACUCUAUUGAAGAAUGAAAUUCAAACUGUUGGAGGAUAAAAGGUUCAACAAUUUAAGGUCUUUGUUAUUCUCAACUUUAAAUAACAUUUGAAUGCUACUCUUUUUACUUACAAAGUUAUUGUCUACUAACCUAUUUCAAAUCUAUAUACAACAAGUUUGAAUGAACUUAAGUCUAAACUUACUUUACUCAGAGAAAAAUUAAAUAACAAAGAAUUAUUCCAAUACAUAAUAGAAUAAUUAACUAUACUUAAAGAUUUCAUAGAUGCUUUAAAGUUUGAAGAAUUCUAAGCUCUUUUAUUUACAGCUUUCAAAUAAUUAAAUCUCUUUACAAUUCUUAAGUCUUAAUAUCAAAAAACAAUUUAAACUUACCAAAAUUGUUUAAAUGAAUAAAGAAAAGAUGGAGAAGAGUAACAAUAAUCAGAGUAAUUAAAUGAAGAAACAUAAGCCUAAGAAUGAAAUUAGAUUGAGUAUUGAUGUUAUUAGUGGUGU